AUGGGGUCACCAUUGUCACCUAUCUUUGCCAACAUCUUUAUGGAGGAGUUUGAGCAAAAAGCUUUGGCUUCAGCUCGGCUCAAACCGAGGAUAUGGUGGAGAUAUGUCGAUGACACUUUCGUGGUUUUCCCUCAUGGAGAUGAUAAAUUGAAUGAGUUUUUAGAGCAUCUUAAUAGCGUUUCAUCCUCCAUAAAACUAACCAUGGAGGUGGAAUCACAAAACAAACUCCCCUUUUUGGACGUGUGCGUAGAAAAGCAUUUGAACAGUCUUAGAACAUCUGUUUACAGAAAAAAGACACACACAGGGCAGUAUCUAAACUUUCAAUCAAACCACCAAAUUUCUGUCAAGGAGGGGGUUGCUUACUCUCUGUUUGACAGGGCUAAGAGCAUUUGCUCCAAUCAGGAUGAGUUAAAGGAUGAAAUUAAGAAAGUAGAACAGGAUUUGGCUAGGAUUGAGUCUGCUGUUUCUCAGUUACCUGAGUCUCAGGGGGAUCAGUUCCGUUGUGAAGCUAGUAUUUUACUAAAGAAAAUUCCUACUCCUAAACCUAAUCUUAGUAAAGAGGAAACCAAAGCAGUAUCAGUCCUUGGGAAAGACGGUACUGUAAAGAUUUUGCCCGCGGAUAAAGGGAAUGCCACGGUAGUUCUUGAUACUGUGACAUACGAAGAAAAAAUGUUAGAAACUUUGCAAUCUGGCCAAUACACCCAAUUGAAAAAAGACCCCACAGAAACUUUCGAGCGUAAAAUCGCUAGUACUCUAAGAAAACACAAAAAGUUUUUUAGCGACAAACAAAGGACUCGGUUGACACCACACCAUUCCAAAAUUCCACACAUGUACGGGUUACCUAAGAUCCACAAACCUAACGUUCCUCUGAGACCAAUAGUUAGCUCCCGUGAUUCUGCUUGUAGGGAAUUGUCUAAAGUCCUUCUGGACAUUUUAAAGCCUUUAGUAGGAAACACUGAUUCGUUUAUCAAAAACUCCAAAGAUUUUGUAGAAAAGUCUAAAUCUAUCGUACUGGCUGAUACUGACAAGCUGGUCAGCUUCGAUGUUGAAAGUCUGUUUACGAAUGUCCCCGUUUCGGAAACCCUAAAAAUAAUUGAGACCCGUCUCACAAACGACGAUACUUUAGCAAACAGAACUAAACUCCCUGUUAACGUCAUAAUGGAACUUUUGGAGUUGUGUACUCAAUGUAACUAUUUCCAAUUAGAGGGUAAAUUAUACCGUCAAGAUGAGGGUAUGGCCAUGGGGUCACCAUUGUCACCUAUCUUUGCCAACAUCUUUAUGGAGGAGUUUGAGCAAAAAGCUUUGGCUUCAGCUCGGCUCAAACCGAGGAUAUGGUGGAGAUAUGUCGAUGACACUUUCGUGGUUUUCCCUCAUGGAGAUGAUAAAUUGAAUGAGUUUUUAGAGCAUCUUAAUAGCGUUUCAUCCUCCAUAAAACUAACCAUGGAGGUGGAAUCACAAAACAAACUCCCCUUUUUGGACGUGUGCGUAGAAAAGCAUUUGAACAGUCUUAGAACAUCUGUUUACAGAAAAAAGACACACACAGGGCAGUAUCUAAACUUUCAAUCAAACCACCAAAUUUCUGUCAAGGAGGGGGUUGCUUACUCUCUGUUUGACAGGGCUAAGAGCAUUUGCUCCAAUCAGGAUGAGUUAAAGGAUGAAAUUAAGAAAGUAGAACAGGAUUUGGCUAGUAGACAUUCAGCAAAAACUUAA